AUGAAAUUGCUCACCAAGGAAGAAGAGGACGCGCACUACCCCAAUGUCGUCAAGGGCGGCACCAUCGGCGGCAUUGUCGGUCUCAUGGCCGGCUCUGCGGGUGUCAUGCUCGCUUCUCGUCGAUACCACACUAUUCGCAAUUUGACCAUCCCCAUGAAGGCUUUCCUGGUGACAUCAUCGGGAACCUUUGUCGGUAUCAUCGCUGCCGAUCAUGCCUCGCGGGAGUUUGAGAAGCAGCAGAAUGCGGCGAAGAUGUGGUACGAGAACCGUGAGGACCGACUACAUGCUGAGGAGAUGCGCGGAAUGAGCUUCACCGACCGCGCCCUCGCUUUCGCUCGCCGCGAAAAGUACAAGAUUGUCGGCGCCACAUGGGUCGCCUCCAUGGUCGGUUCCUUCGUGCUCGUCAGCCGCAACCCUUACCUUUCCGGGCAACAAAAGAUCGUGCAGGCACGUGUCUACGCCCAGGGUCUGACUUUGGCGGUCCUUUGCGCCUCCGCUGCUUUCGAGAUCUCGGACCAGCGUCGUGGCCGUGGUAUCCUUGAGUCGGCCAAGAAGAACAAGAAGACGCCGGCCGAGGACGCUGCUGAGCCCGCCCCGGUCCACUCUGAGGCUCAUGAUCAGGCUGAUCUUUGGAAGGACAUGGUUGCUGCCGAGGAGCAGCGUCUGAAGUCCAAGCACCAAUCUUUGCACAUCAAGCACGAUGAACACAAUGGCGAUGCUGAGCACAAGGAUGACUCUAAGGACGAGUCAAAGAACGGGGACAAGGAGAACAAGAAGGAGACUUCCGCUGAGAAAAAGACUGAGGGUGACAAGAAAGCCUAA